AUGGCAAACUUGUCUGUAAUUCAUGGUGUGAAUGUUCCUGUUAGAUCCAUUAGUUUGCCAUCCAGGUUGCAGCUUAAUUCGAUCGAAACUGAGCUGAAUGAGCUUAAAACGUUCGGUGUAUUGCCGGGUUUACAACCAAGUCACGGCAGUGGCGAGACGGGUUUCACUAGGCUUGCAAAGUUGUAUACCAACAUUGUGGAAAUCAUUCAAUCUCCACUCACUCACAAAGCACUUCACCAUCAGCAAAACGUGGUAAAACUGAUAGAGGAAGCACUCGACGACUCGGUCGGACUACUAGAUGCAUGUAGCACCGCCAAAGACUUAAUUACGACGAUGAAACAACAAGUACAAGACCUUCAAUCAGCUUUACGUCGGAAAGGCCGUGAUUCGAGUAUCGGAUCCGAUAUCCUUGCUUAUAUCAACUUCAGAAAGAAAUUCAAAAAGAGCAUCGGUAAAAGCCUUAGAGCACUAAAGAGAUUAGAAUGCAACAAUGUCAAUGGUACAACAUUUCAUUGCCAUGUAGUAAAGCUGUUAAACUCAUUGAAACAGUCCAAUGCCGUUACGAUAUCGAUGUUCGAGUCGAUGUUGUCGUUUCUUUCGAUGCCGAUAAUGAAAACGAAGGCUGGUGGUUGGUCUUUGAUUUCGAAAUUGUUAUCAGAUGGUAGAAAUCAAAAGGGUUUUAAUGAAGUGGGGACUGUGGACUUUACUUUGUAUAGACUCCAUGGACGAGUUCGAAAAAACGAUGCCAAGAUCGAUACACAUGUAGAAUUAAGGAGAUUAGAGACACUUUGUGCAACUAUUGAAGGUUUUGAAGAUGGUUUAGAUUGCUUGUUUAGAUGUUUUAUUAAAAUUAGAGUUUCUUUACUUAACAUGCUUACACCUUGA